AUGUCGACCGUAGGCGAGAGAGGCCGGGAUAACUCGUCCGAAUUCGGAGUGCUCGUCGAAAUAAAGCGCUGGAACGAGCCGCUUCCGACCUUGCUCCCUCGGCUUGUUCUCGAUAAUUCAUCGAGCAUCGAGCGUCAUCGAACGAUUCUCACUCGAAGGAUCCUCGAGAAGGAUCUCUCGUGGGCAACGCUGUUCGCGAAUUGUGUACUCUUUUCCAGUGGUCUCAUUGCUCGCGACUCUCCACAUCGAACGAAAGUGGAUUUACCACGCCACGUGGUCUACUGCGACUACACCGCCUCCGGAAGGUCGCUGCAAUUUCUCGAGGAGUAUGUCGCGAAGGAUGUGCUGCCAUAUUUGGGCGACACCCGAGCGUCCACGUCCAUCUGCAGCCUCCAGUCUUCUCUGUUCAGGCACGAAGCCAGAGACAUCGUUCGACAUGCGGUCGGAGCUGGCGAGCAGGAUGCUGUGCUGUUCACUGGUCAAGGCACCGCGGCUGCCCUUUGUACGCUUCUGCGACAUCUCGAUCUCUCCAAGUCUACGGUGGUCUUCGUGGGACCGUUCGAGCAUCACGCGAACCUGCGACCUUGGCGGGAAUAUGGAGUCAGGAUAGUACGAGUGUCGGAGACCCGGGAAGGUUUCUUGGACCUAAACGAUCUCGAGCGAUGCCUGAUCAAAGUACGGGGCGAGGGUGUUACGCAAAUGAUCGGUUGCUUCAGCGCUGCCAGUUGCAUAACCGGGGUUUUGGCAGAUGACGUCGCCACGACCCUUCUACUGCAUCAGUAUGGGGCACUUAGCGUCUGGGAUUACACCACAGCAGCGCCGUACGUGCAGAUCGAUAUGAAUCCACAUCUGCCCGGCGUCGGGGAGACGACCGUGUACAAAGACGCGAUUAUUUUUGCCGGGCACAAGUUCAUCGGUGGAGUUCAGUCGCCCGGCGUGCUCGUGACCAAACGGUCCCUGCUGAAAGAUAAAAUUCCCACGGAGGACAUGCGGGACUCGCAUCACUAUCACCGGGACUCGGAGCUGCGCGAGGAGAGCGGCACCGCAGGUGUCGUCGAGACCAUCAGAUGCGGACUGGCGGUGCAAUUGAAAGAGAACGUCACGCCGCGAGCGAUCGUCGCUCGUCAAGAUAAGAUUUCCAGGCAAGUGUUGGCGCACGUACGCACGAUUCCGGAACUGAUACUGCUCGGCAGUGGCUCGCAGAAUGUCAAGAGGCUGCCGAUCUUUUCGUUCAUGGUGCGUCACCCGCGCGGCACGUUCCUCCACCACAACUUCGUGUGCGCCGUGUUGAACGACGUGUUCGGUAUACAGGCGCGUGGCGGUUGCGCGUGUGCCGGACGUUACGCUCACGACCUGAUGGGAAUCGACCAGGAACUCGCCAGGGAGUACCAGAGGGCGCUCACAGAGGGGGAACGGAACAGCGAGAACGAGGAGAAGAACGCAGAAGGUCUGAGGCCGGGUUUCGCGAAGCUCUCGUUCCCUUACUUCAUGUCGGAGGCAGAGGUGGCGUUUGUGCUGGAGGCAUUGAAAAUGGUAGCGACCGAAGGCUGGAAACUGUUGCCGCAGUACGUGCUGAACCCGGACACGGGCGAAUGGCGGCACCACACGAACAGCGUGUUCAAGGAGCGAAAGUGGCUCAGCUCGAUCAGAUACACGGACGGGAAGAUGAACGCUUCCGAGAGACGGGCAUCCGGCACUGGCGUACUUCCGCAGAACUACGGCGACUGCCUGCAGACAGCGCGCAACAUUUUCAACCGGGCACGAAAAAUGGCGCAGAGGUAUCCGCUGCAGAUCGAUCGUAGCUACAACUUCGUGCCGGAACAGUUGGAACCGUUGCGGUGGUUCAUGCUGCCGAGCGAGGCGCAAGAUCUUCUACUCGGCAACUCGCAGAACGUGAAGCAGGACGUGCCCUUCAACCCGAUGCUAUCGUGGAACAAGCACGGCCAUCACACGCCGACCACCACGCACGAUAGCCUGGUCAAUAGCCUGGCAUUGGCCAACAGCAUCCGCCGGCUGAACAGCGACAUUCCGCGGACCGGGAACGUCCUGAUGUCGUCGAACUCGCCGAGGCACCGAAGCCUCCCGGUACUGAGCACCGUCAGGAGGACGUUGUUGAACGCGGCCGAGUUCCAGUCGACGUCGAGUUCCAGUCCGACGAGCAGCAACGAGGAGGACCAGUCGUCGCCGGCUGUCACCGUGGUCGAUCGAAACGCCGCCACCGACUCGGGCGGUCAAAGGUCGCCAGCCACUUGCCCGAGUUCGCCGAUGCCGGUGAGAUUCGCGGUUGGCGAGGCGGUCACGCCGUCGGCCCUAGGCGGCAUGUCGCACGCCGGCAACAGGCCAAUUAAAGAGCAAAGAGAUCUGAUGGAGUCUGCCAACGCUGGCCGUGCCAGGUGCAACUCCCUCGGUAGCACCGCCAGCGGCGGUGGCAACGAUCCGGGAACGAAUCGGAACGUCGCGUCCUCCUCGUCCUCGCCGAUCCCGCCGCUUCCGCUCAGCCCUCAAACCUUGACCAGCCUCGGGCUGAGCGGGAACAACGGCGGGAACUCGGCGAGACACAGGCGACAUCACUGCAGCUGCAGCAGUCAGACGGAGCUGAACUCUCUGGAGCUGGACAACGGUAGCCCGAAUCACUCGAUCUUGUCGUUGAACUACCACAACGCCGCCUCGCCACCGUCCUCGUACUUCUCCGUCAGCGACUACACGGAGAAGUUCGUCGGCGGUGGUAGGUCGUCGCCGAUCUCGGAUCGGAACGGCGGUCAAAGAUCGGAGGACGAUCUACGAGCUUAUGUGAAAGAGGUGACGAAGGAGUUGGCGACGGAGAUCAAGUCGGAGAUCCGAGAAGUGAUAUCGAAGGUGGACGACGCGCUGUCCGAGACCAACACCUCGGAGAACACGCCGCAACAUCACUCGCGUAAUCUGAGCGCCAUCGGCCAGCUGCCCGUGGAGGAGAAACAAACGAGACACGACUCGUUCACGGCGAGCGACAUCGCGGAGUACUUGAUGGAAUUCUCGAAAGAAAUGGCCAGCGAGGUGAAAUCGGAGAUCAGAUGUAUGGUGAACGCCGUGGACGGGCUGCACAGACACUCACCGGACGCGUCGGCAUCCGACGUGUCGUCGAACGGUUGUGGCUCGCCGGAUCGAGGUAGGAUCGUUCAGUCCUCGUCGUCGCCUAGAAUAUCGAGUACGAAGCGAAGCGGGCCGAUAGAGAUCUCGGGCAAGGUUGGUGAGCUGACGCAGCAGGAGAGCAAGGUGUCCAGCGAGUGUUCCUCGGACGAGACGGUGAUUUACGUGAUGAAGCCGCCUGAGAACGAGCAGAUCACCGUUCGCAGCCAGUCGAAAACAGACGACGAGGAGGUGGUGCACGAUCUGGACGACGAUUUGAACGACGACGAUUCCCAAGAACGCGGCGGUUUGGAGAUUGGCGACGCGCGGAAGGUCCUUCCGAAAAUUUACUCCGCGGUGAAUUCCGUGAGCUCGCAGGACAGCGGUAUCAAUCUGUCUUUCCACGAGAGCGACAAGUCCCUGGACUCGGUGGAUCUGAAGCGUAGCAGCAGCGCGGAGUCCAACUCGACCAACAGUUACGGCCGGAAACCGAGAACGGCGUCAAUGUCCACUCUGUCGGGCAAGUCCAGCUGCAAGCAACAAGUCCGUCAAAACGACGACUUUUCCGAGGACGAGGAGUGCUCGAGCGACUUGAAGGAGGAGGAGGACGGCGACCAGGAUGCGACGUUCGACUCGAAAGACGGAAAAACCGCAGAGGUGUCUCGGCCGCAAUGGCACUGCCCGCCGAAGAACAUCUGGAAGUCAGCGGUCGAGGCUAUGCAAGAGUUCGACAUGAUUCGAGACAACGACAGAGUGCUGAUCUGCUUGUCGACCAACGGCAAGAGUUCCCUGUCGUUGCUGCACUCGUUGCACCAGUAUCGAUUCUACGUGAGAUCGAAGGGCGUCGACUUCGAGAUCGGCGCGGCUACGGUGGACAAUGCGGCGAACAGAUCCGACCCGCUGGAACUGAUGAGCUACAUGAAGGCCCUGGACGUUCCUUAUUUCUACGAGGAGCUCAGCAGCAGCGAGUUGUCGAAAACGACGGGCAACACGGAGAGUCCGCAUCCCGCGGAGGAAGAUACGUUGGACGCGAGCGGAGCGUGCAGCUUCUGCAAUCGUGCGACUAGGGCACAGUUGUACGCGAUCGCCAAGCGGCACAAUUACAACGUGUUGGCGGUUGGCCAGCACUUGGACGACCUGACCGAAGGUUUCCUCGUCUCGGUGUUUCACGGUGGCAAGCUGAAGACCAUGAAGGCCCACUAUUACAUACGUCGCCAAGAUCUCAGGGUCGUGCGGCCGUUCGUGUAUGUCCGGGAGAAGGCUUUGAGACAGUUUGCCGAGAGCAAGAAGCUGUUGGUUUCGUGGGAAACCAGGUCAAGUGACCUACCCGAGAGGCAGAAGCAAAGCAAAGAGCUGAUCCUUCAGCAGGAGCGCGCUUAUCCUCGACUGUACUGGUCGUUGAGGACCGCGUUGCGGCCGUUGAUCGACGCUUACGGGCAGCAAGUCGAUCUGGAUCUCGCGUCGCCCGUGGGAAACAGUUCGUCCAGCAUAGCGAACAGCUUGUCCAGCGGGUCCAGUUGCAGUUCGAGCAGCGGCAGCGCGGCAGCCAACAACGGCUCCAUCAGCAGCACCACGGGUGUCAACAGUCAGCAGAAGAGGCAGCGAAGAGUGAAAACGAAUUCCGCCUCGGCGGCCGCGACGCAGUGUCAUCCGCAGGAGCCCGACGAGGACAACGACGAGACGGACGAGGAACCGGUCCUCUGAGGGAGACCCGUCGCGAGAUGGGAUUUCAAUCGCGUUUCGAUCUCAUCCUCGCAUCACCGUCGAAAGCUACCGUUGUCGGCGUUCUCCGUUGUCAGGAGGAGGCGGCUACGUUUCGCCACCGCUGUCGCCGCUGCGAGAAUUCAAGAUCCUGACGGGGAAUGCUAAGAGAUCGGCGUGAGAAUGUCAAGUGAAGUCGGUCGUGAGAGAGAGAAUGAUCGCGACGAAAAUGGAUCGACGAUGAAAUAUAACAUACAUACAUAUAUACAUACAU